UUACCACCAAAAUCAAAGUCGCUAGUCUUUCGUUACACGGAGCAUACUGAGAGACUAGUCGACACACUUUUGCACCUCGGCGACUAGUGGCUUUCAAAUCAACGCGCGUACCCUCGACCGUUGUGAGGAUGAUCCGGUCAAGACAGAAAGUGUCCUUCCUUUUAAGAGUCAUCAUUUUGACAUUCGCUGUUAAUCUGCUUCUUGGCUAUGUCUUAGUGUCAUCGCCACCAUAAUGGCCCCUCUUGCGCACGGCUGUCGUAGCGCUGAGGGGAAUGAAAAUUCUACAUGUGGUCAUGUUAAUCAGAAGUCGGGAACCUGUUGCCGACACCCUGCCCAUAUGCCUCGAGUGGAGCCCGUUCUGGCGUCUAACCCUUUUCCUCGACGUAUAAAACGAGUAACAAUUCUUGACGUUCUACAUCCCAAGUUACUGCAUAAUAUUCUCAUCGAAUUGCUCUUUCACACAAUGAAAUUCACAAUUGCCAGUGCUCUCAUCUCUGUCAUUGCCCUCCCAGCGUUUGCAGUGCCCGCAUACCCAGCAAACAUCACAGCAAACGUCACAUUGCCAGCGAACGUCACAUACCCAGCGUAUGUCACAUACGAUCCUGUGUACAGGAACCCCAAUUCGUCCCUCGUUAACGUCGCGUGUUCUAAUGGCGCGAAUGGUCUUUUGACCAAGGGAUAUACCACCUUCGGCUCUAUCCCUUCAUUCCCCAACAUCGGAGGUGUUCCGGGUGCCACCUGGAACUCCUGGUUGUGCGGCACCUGUUGGAGCCUUCAAUACACGACGCCCGGCGGCAACCAAACCACCAUCUUCAUCACCGCCGUCGAUGCUGCUUACACAUUCAACAUCUCGCCGCAGGCGUUCAGUAACUUGACUAAUAGCACUAGCUUCGAGCCCGGCAAAGUUACUGCCAACGUUACUCAAGUCGCUACGAUCAACUGUGGCAUGUAGUGGUGACAUGCAAUUACGCUGGAGGAUUUUUGUGUGUGCUGGAACGGUUGAAAGUAUCGGGGCAAGAGGUUUUUGAGUCUUUAGUUCGUGGGCGGGUCGGCUUGUAUGUUGCGGCUUGUACAUUAAUAAUUGCUUGUACGUUGCGAUUCGUUAUUCAGAAGUGUGUACGAUACAAUAUUUUCGAGAAAGUAGUUCCUCGAUGAGCGAUUCAGUGUGUUAUAUGGUAAACUUCCUGGUUAGUAUCUACAGUGGUUCGG